UCCCUGGCUGUUGCCAUGGCGGGUGUGGGGCUGGGGGGCUACGCGGCGGAGUUUGUGCCACCCCCGGAGUGCCCGGUCUUCGAGCCCAGCUGGGAAGAGUUCACAGACCCACUUAGCUUUAUCGGCCGAAUCCGGCCUUUGGCGGAGAAAACUGGCAUCUGCAAGAUUCGACCUCCCAAGGAUUGGCAACCUCCAUUUGCUUGUGAAGUGAAAAGUUUUCGUUUCAUUCCUAGAGUCCAACGCCUGAAUGAACUUGAGGCAAUGACCAGAGUUAGACUGGAUUUCUUGGAUAAACUAGCAAAAUUUUUGGAACUUCAAGGAUCUACCUUGAAGAUCCCUGUUGUGGAGAGAAAAAUCCUGGAUCUAUAUGCUCUGAGAAAGAUUGUUGCCAGCAAAGGAGGUUUUGAAAUGGUCACCAAAGAGAAGAAAUGGUCUAAAGUGGGUAGGCGAUUGGGAUAUCUGCCAAGAAAAGGAACUGGGUCGCUUUUGAAGUCACACUAUGAAAGAAUUCUCUACCCAUAUGAGCUUUUCCAAUCUUGUGUCAGCCUUAUGGGUGUACAGAUGCCUAAUUUAGAUCUUAAGGAAAAAGUGGAGCCUGAGGUUCUCAGCACUGAUAUCCAAACAUCCCAAGAGCCAGGCAAAAGAAUGAACUUUCUACCGAAGAGAACAAGACAUGUCAAGUCUCAGUCAGAAUCUGGAGAAAUGAAUAGAAGCACGGAAUUGAAGAAACUUCAGAUUUUGGGGGCUGGGCCCAAGGUUGUGGGCCUGGCAAUAGGAGCGAAAGAUAAAGAAGAUGAGAAAGUUACUAAUAGGUCAGACACAUUUAGCAUGCAAAUGAGACAACGGAAAGGAACGCUCUCUGUUAACUUUGUUGAUCUGUAUGUUUGUAUGUUUUGUGGUGGGGGAAACAAUGAAGAUAAAUUGCUUCUGUGUGAUGGAUGUGAUGACAGCUAUCAUACAUUUUGUCUAAUUCCUCCACUACCUGAUGUGCCCAAAGGAGACUGGAGGUGUCCUAAAUGUGUUGCUGAGGAAUGUAACAAACCUCGAGAAGCCUUUGGAUUUGAGCAAGCUGUACGAGAAUAUACACUUCAGAGCUUUGGAGAGAGAGCAGAUAAUUUUAAGUCUAAUUAUUUCAAUAUGCCAGUCCAUAUGGUUCCCACAGAACUUGUAGAAAAGGAAUUCUGGCGGCUGGUGAGCAGCAUUGAAGAAGAUGUUAUUGUGGAGUAUGGAGCUGAUAUCUCCUCAAAAGAUUUUGGAAGUGGAUUUCCUGUAAAGGAUGGUCGGAGAAAGAUGCUGCCAGAAGAAGAGGAAUAUGCACUUUCAGGUUGGAAUUUGAAUAACAUGCCUGUCUUGGAGCAGUCUGUUCUUGCACAUAUUAAUGUGGACAUUUCUGGUAUGAAGGUACCAUGGCUCUAUGUGGGAAUGUGCUUCUCUUCUUUUUGCUGGCACACGGAAGAUCACUGGAGUUAUUCCAUCAACUACUUGCACUGGGGAGAGCCAAAGACAUGGUAUGGUGUCCCAUCUCAUGCUGCAGAGCAGCUGGAGGAGGUGAUGAGGGAUUUGGCUCCUGAGUUGUUUGAGUCCCAGCCUGAUCUUCUACAUCAGUUGGUUACUAUCAUGAACCCUAAUGUGCUAAUGGAACAUGGUGUGCCUGUGUACAGAACCAAUCAGUGUGCUGGCGAGUUUGUUGUGACCUUUCCUCAUGCCUAUCACUCUGGAUUUAACCAGGGCUAUAACUUUGCUGAAGCUGUGAACUUCUGUACUGCUGAUUGGUUGCCCAUUGGACGUCAGUGUGUAAGUCAUUACAAACAGCUCAGGCGCCAAUGUGUCUUUUCACAUGAGGAACUCAUUUUCAAGAUGGCAGCAGAUCCAGAAUGCUUGGAUGUGGAGCUUGCAGCCAUGGUUUGCAAAGAGUUGACUCUCAUGACUGAAGAAGAGACACGAUUAAGGGAGUCUGUUGUACAAAUGGGUGUCCAGAUGUCAGAAGAAGUAGUAUUUGAACUUGUUCCUGAUGACGAGCGACAGUGUUCAGCUUGUAGAACCACCUGUUUUCUCUCUGCUCUCACAUGCUCCUGUAAUCCUGAGCGGCUUGUGUGUCUCUACCAUCCAACUGAUCUGUGCCCUUGCCCCAUGCAGAACAAAUGUCUUAGAUAUCGCUACUCAUUAGAAGACCUCCCGUCUCUGCUGCAUGGUGUAAAAGUCAGGGCACAGUCCUAUGACACUUGGGUCAGUCAUGUUACAGAAGCAUUAUCUGCUAACUUCAACCACAAGAAAGAUUUGAUUGAAUUACGAGUAAUGCUAGAAGAUGCGGAGGAUAGGAAAUACCCAAAGAAUGAUCUCUUUCGAAAACUCAGGGAUGCUGUAAAAGAAGCUGAGACCUAUGCUUCUGUGGCUCAGCUGCUUCUGAGCAAAAAGCAGAAACACAGGCAGAGUUCAGAUAGUGGAAGGUCUCGGACCAAACUGACAGUGGAAGAAUUGAAGGCCUUUGUCCAACAACUUUUUAGUCUCCCAUGUAUCAUCAGCCAAGCUCGACAAGUGAAGAAUCUGCUGGAUGAUGUGGAAGAGUUUCAUGAACGUGCUCAGGGGGCCAUGAUGGAUGAAACUUCAGAUUCUUCCAAACUCCAGAUGUUGAUAGACAUGGGCUCUAGUCUUUAUGUGGAGCUGCCUGAGUUACCACGACUGAGGCAAGAAUUACAGCAGGCUCGGUGGUUGGAUGAAGUAAGACUGACCCUGUCCGAUGCACAAGUCACUUUGGAUGUCAUGAAGAAACUGAUAGACUCUGGGGUAGGGUUGGCACCCCACCAUGCUGUGGAGAAAGCAAUGGCUGAAUUGCAGGAGCUCCUUACAGUCUCUGAGCAAUGGGAAGAAAAGGCUAAGGUCUGCCUCCAGGCAAGACCAAGGCACAGCAUGGCAAGUUUAGAAAGCAUUGUGAAUGAAGCCAAGAAUAUUCCAGCCUUUCUACCCAAUGUGUUGUCCCUAAAAGAAGCUUUACAAAAGGCUAGAGACUGGACAGCUAAAGUGGAAGCUAUUCAGAGUGGCAGCAACUAUGCUUACUUAGAGCAGCUUGAGAGUUUAUCUGCUAAGGGACACCCUAUUCCUGUGCGUCUUGAUGCACUGCCCCAGGUGGACUCACAAGUAGCAGCUGCCAGAGCAUGGAGAGAACGGACUGGGAGGACCUUUCUUAAGAAGAAUUCUAGCCAUACAUUGUUACAGGUGCUAAGUCCCCGGACUGACAUUGGGGUAUAUGGGAGUGGCAAAAGUAGAAGGAAAAAUAUAAAAGAACUAAAAGAAAAAGAAAAGGAUCUAGACCUUGAGCCUUUGAGUGGUCUAGAGGAAAGAUUAGAAGAAACCAGAAAUACAGCCAUGGUGGUGACAGUUUUCAAAGAAUGGGAGCAAAAAGAAAUUGAAGCCAUGCAUUCCCUCAGAGCAGCCAACCUAGCCAAGAUGACAAUGGUGGACUGCAUAGAAGAAGUAAAAUUUUGCAUAUGCCAAAAGACAGCCAGUGGGUUUAUGCUGCAGUGUGAGCUCUGCAAAGACUGGUUCCAUAACACCUGUGUUCCCCUUCCUAAAUCAAGUUCCCAGAAAACAGGGUCUAGAUGGCAGGCUAAAGAAGUAAAAUUUCUUUGCCCUCUUUGUAUGCGGUCUCGAAGGCCCAGGCUAGAGACUAUUCUGUCACUCCUGGUGUCCCUUCAGAAGUUGCCUGUACGGCUGCCUGAAGGAGAGGCCCUACAGUGUUUGACAGAACGUGCUAUGAGUUGGCAAGAUAGAGCUCGGCAGGCUCUAGCCACAGAUGAACUGUCCUCUGUCCUGGCCAAACUGUCUUUGUUGAGCCAGUGUAUGGUGGAACAGGCAGCUCGAGACAAAAACAAAAAGAUCAUCAGUGCAGAACUUCAAAAAGGAGCUGCAAAACCAGACUUACAGGGACAUUUACCUAGUUUUCAGCAGUCUGCUGUUAACUGGGUGGUAAGCAGUGUAUCAUCUUCCCCUCAACAAACAAUGGACUAUGAUGAUGAAGAAACAGAUUCUGAUGAAGACAUUUGGGAGACAUACGGCUAUGACAUGAAGGACACAGCCAGUGUGAAGUCCUCCAGUAGUCUGGAACCUAAUCUUUUUUGUGAUGAAGAGAUUCCCGUCAAGUCUGAGGAGGUGGUAACUCACAUGUGGACAGCACCUUCAUUCUGUGCAGAACAUGCUUAUUCUUCUGCUUCGAAGAGUUGUUCUCAAGGUUCUAGCACCCCAAGGAAACAGCCUUGGAAGAGCCCUUUGGUGCCUCGUAGUCGUUUGGAACCCCCAGUGUUGGAGUUGUCACCCGGAGCUAAGGCCCAGUUGGAAGAACUUAUGAUGGUUGGAGAUCUCUUGGAAGUAUCUCUGGAUGAGAUGCAACACAUAUGGCAGAUUUUGCAGGCCACACACCCACCCUCUGAAGACAGAUUCUUACAUAUCAUGGAGGAUGACAGCAUGGAAGAGAAACCACUGAAAAUGAACGGAAAGGACUCUUCAGAGAAAAAAUGGAAACGGAAACUGGAAAAGGUAGAACAACUUUUUGGAGAAGGAAAACAGAAUUCCAAGGAGUUAAAGAAAAGAGACACACCUAAAAAGAAGAAAUUAAAAUUAAGUACAGACACAUCAAAAGAACUGAACAAAUUGGCCAAGAAACUAGCAAAAGAAGAAGAGAGAAAGAAGAAGAAGGAAAAGGCUGCUGCAGCCAAAGUUGAACUUGUGAAAGAGACUACUGAGAAGAAAAGGGAAAAAACAUUGUUGGACAUCCCCUCAAAGUAUGACUGGUCAGGAGCAGAGAAAUCUGAUGAUGAGAAUGCUGUAUGAGCGGCACAAAACUGCCAAAGUUCUUGCAAGGACAAGGGGGUAGACUGGGUACAAUGUGAUGGUGGCUGUGAUGAAUGGUUUCACCAAGUUUGUGUGGGUGUGUCUCUAUAAAUAGCCAACAAUGAAGAUUACAUCUGUAUAAACUGUGCCAGUAGCCCAGGUCAAGCACCACCUCCUUCCUUCAUAAUGAGCUAUAAACUACCAAUGGAGGAUCUUAAAGAGACCAGUUAG